AUGACAGACUCACCACCUGCAGAGCCCCGAGCUCGCUCAAAAUCACCCGCUCCCAGAGACAGAGACGACCGAAAAGGUCGCGAAGACUCGUUCCGCGAAAACAGCGAGCGUCGCCAGCGCAGAGAUCGCAGCUGGUCCCGCGAUCGCAACCAGAACCGCGACCGAAGAGAUUCUCCUCCACGCAGACCCAGAGAACGAUCAAGAUCGCCAGUGCCAAAGCCCCGAGGCGCAGGUGGCUUUAGAUUCAAAGGAGACCGCCGGGAUAACGACCGAAACCGCGACUUCCGCAGACGGUCGCCGCAGCGACAUCGGGAUCGCGACGGGGGCAGGGAUCGCAAUUAUCGCCGAGAUGACCGUGAUGGUGAUCGUGGUGGACGAGAUAGGCCUCGGGAUGGGGAUAGAGAUCAACGGAGAGAGAGAAAGGAAAAGAAAGAAGAGAAACCCAAACCUGCCGUUGCCCAGGGAGGCGAAGAGAUGAUCAUCGUCAACGUCAAUGACCGCCUGGGCACGAAGGCUGCUGUGCCCUGUUUAGAAUCGGAUACUGUGGGCCAGUUGAAGCUCAUGGUUGCUGCGCGAAUUGGUCGUGACCCUGGCCAGAUUAUUUUGAAGAGACAGAGUGAGAGGCCGUUCAAGGAUCAUAUUACUCUUGGAGAUUAUGGUAUCUCAAACGGCGUGCAGCUGGACCUAGAGAUUGAUACCCGGGACUAA